CAGAGUUGGCAUAAUGAAUGAUCCCCUGGAAAUCUUCUACUGUACAGAUAUGUUAUCAGUUUGGCCAGCUGUGGCUUUCUAAUAACGUGUUCUACUACCGGGAACGAUAACAACAAGAAAAAUACAUUCACUGGACUCUAAAGCUGCGUCUGGAUCAGUGUCCAGGUGAUCGUAAUGGCGGAGGGAGGCUUUGACCCCUGUGAGUGCAUCUGCACCCAGGAGCACGCCAUGAGACGACUCAUCAACCUGCUACGUCAGUCUCAGUCCUACUGUACAGACACAGAGUGUCCUCAGGACGUACCAGGACCCAGUGGCUCAGUAGGAGGUGGAGAUCUGACUGUCCCCAUGGUUCUGAUGGGCUGGAUGGUUCUGGUUCUGCUCCUCUUCCUCCUCAGACCCAACAGCCUCAGAGGAUCCACAGCACCGCCUGCCGGAAAACCUACUGGACCUCACAGUGUAGAGUCGUGACCAGGAGCCCCCAGCUCCACCGGUGGACUAGCAGCAGAACCAGACGGACAGAACCGGAUAGAACCAUCUACUGGACAACACACCAUCUCCACCGGACGUUCUGCCCGUUCUACGUUGGUACCCGGAACCCAACAGCUCACUGCGACCUCUGACCCCUGUACAUCACCAUUGAUUUCCUGUGUAGUGCACUACUUUUGACCAGAGCUCUAUGUGGGUAGUGCACUACUUUUGACCAGAGCUCUAUGUGGGUAGUACACUACUUUUGACCAGAGCUCUAUGGGGGUAGUGCACUACUUUUGACCAGAGCUCUAUGGGGGUAGUGCACUACUUUUGACCAGAGCUCUAUGGGGGUAGUGCACUACUUUUGACCAGAGCUCUAUGGGGGUAGUGCACUACUUUUGACCAGAGCUCUAUGUGGGUAGUACACUACUUUUGACCAGAGCUCUAUGGGGGUAGUGCACUACUUUUGACCAGAGCUCUAUCGGGGUAGUGCACUACUUUAGACCAGAACUCUAUGGGGGUAGCGCACUACUUUUGACCAGAGCUCUAUGGGGGUAGUGCACUACUUUUGACCAGAGCUCUAUGUGGGUAGUACACUACUUUUGACCAGAGCUCUAUGGGGGUAGUGCACUACUUUUGACCAGAGCUCUAUGGGGGUAGUGCACUACUUUUCACCAGAGCUCUAUGGGGGUAGUGCACUACUUUUGACCAGAGCUCUAUGGGGGUAGCACACUACUUUUCACCAGAGCUCUAUGGGGGUAGUGCACUACUUUUCACCAGAGCUCUAUGGGGGUAGUGCACUACUUUUCACCAGAGCUCUAUGGGGGGUAGUGCACUACUUUUCACCAGAGCUCUAUGGGGGUAGUGCACUACUUUUGACCAGAGCUCUAUGGGGGGUAGUGCACUACUUUUGACCAGAGCUCUAUGGGGUAGUGCACUACUUUUGACCAGAGCUCUAUGGGGGUAGUGCACUACUUUUGACCAGAGCUCUAUGGGGGGUAGUGCACUACUUUUGACCAGAGCUCUAUGGGGGUAGUGCACUACUUUUCACCAGAGCUCUAUGGGGGGUAGUACACUACUUUUGACCAGAGCUCUAUGGGGUAGUGCACUACUUUUGACCAGAGCUCUAUGGGGGUAGUGCACUACUUUUGACCAGAGCUCUAUGGGGGUAGUGCACUACUUUUCACCAGAGCUCUAUGGGGUAGUGCACUACUUUUGACCAGAGCUCUAUGGGGGGUAGUGCACUACUUUUGACCAGAGCUCUAUGGGGGUAGUGCACUACUUUUGACCAGAGCUCUAUGGGGUAGUGCACUACUUUUGACCAGAGCUCUAUGGGGGUAGUGCACUACUUUUGACCAGAGCUCUAUGGGGUAGUGCACUACUUUUGACCAGAGCUCUAUGGGGGGUAGGGCACUACUUUUGGCCAGAGCUCUAUGGGGUAGUGCACUACUUUUCGCCAGAGCUCUAUGGGGGUAGUGCACUACUUUUGACCAGAGCUCUAUGGGGGUAGUGCACUACUUUUGACCAGAGCUCUAUGGGGUAGUGCACUACUUUUGACCAGAGCUCUAUGGGGGUAGUGCACUACUUUUGACCAGAGCUCUAUGGGGUAGUGCACUACUUUUGACCAGAGCUCUAUGGGGGGUAGGGCACUACUUUUGGCCAGAGCUCUAUGGGGUAGUGCACUACUUUUCACCAGAGCUCUAUGGGGGUAGUGCACUACUUUUCAACAGAGCUCUAUGGGGUAGUGCACUAUAUAGGCCAGGGAUGGGGGGGUGGGAUCCACCAAAAAAAUCCUGAAAUCAUCAGGAGGGGCCACAGUUGAUCACGGGUCUGCGGACCCACAUCUACAAGUGACUAACAUAACGAGAGAGAAACUGCUGAUGUACAACAAAAGCACAUUUAGAAAUUCCACUUUGUGUGUUUUACUAAUCUAACUCAGAGGGGCGGGAAUGUAGACUCUGGAUCAGCCUUUUAUACUGGCCUCUUCCCUCUUUCCUCUGGGCAUCACUGGCUGCAUCUCAGAUGGCCUGUCUAGUCCACUACAUAGGGCUCUAGUCAGAAUUAGUCUAGUCAGAAUUAGUCCACUACAUAGGGCUCUAGUCAGAAUUAGUCUAGUCAGAAUUAGUCCACUACAUAGGGCUCUAGUCAGAAUUAGUCUAGUCAGAAUUAGUCCACUACAUAGGGCUCUAGUCAGAAUUAGUCUAGUCAGAAUUAGUCCACUACAUAGGGCUCUAGUCAGAAUUAGUCUAGUCAGAAUUAGUCCACUACAUAGGGCUCUAGUCAGAAUUAGUCUAGUCAGAAUUAGUGCACUACAUAGGGCUCUAGUCAGAAUUAGUCUAGUCAGAAUUAGUCCACUACAUAGGGCUCUAGUCAGAAUUAGUCUAGUCAGAAUUAGUCAACUACAUAGGGCUCUAGUCAGAAUUAGUGCACUACAUAGGGCUCUAGUCAGAAUUAGUGCACUACAUAGGGUUCUAGUCAGAAUUAGUCUAGUCAGAAUUAGUCCACUACAUAGGGCUCUAGUCAGAAUUAGUCUAGUCAGAAUUAGUCCACUACAUAGGGCUCUAGUCAGAAUUAGUGCACUACAUAGGGCUCUAGUCAGAAUUAGUCCACUACAUAGGGCUCUAGUCAGAAUUAGUCUAGUCAGAAUUAGUCCACUACAUAGGGCUCUAGUCAGAAUUAGUCUAGUCAGAAUUAGUCCACUACAUAGGGCUCUAGUCAGAAUUAGUCUAGUCAGAAUUAGUGCACUACAUAGGGCUCUAGUCAGAAUUAGUAUAGUCAGAAUUAGUCCACUACAUAGGGCUCUAGUCAGAAUUAGUCUAGUCAGAAUUAGUCAACUACAUAGGGCUCUAGUCAGAAUUAGUCAACUACAUAGGGCUCUAGUCAGAAUUAGUGCACUACAUAGGGCUCUAGUCAGAAUUAGUCUAGUCAGAAUUAGUCCACUACAUAGGGCUCUAGUCAGAAUUAGUCUAGUCAGAAUUAGUCCACUACAUAGGGCUCUAGUCAGAAUUAGUCUAGUCAGAAUUAGUCUGGUCAGAAUUAGUCUAGUCAGAAUUAGUCCACUACAUAGGGCUCUAGUCAGAAUUAGUCUAGUCAGAAUUAGUCUGGUCAGAAUUAGUCUAGUCAGAAUUAGUCCACUACAUAGGGCUCUAGUCAGAAUUAGUGCACUACAUAGAUUAAGGUGCAUUUUGGGACAUAGACAUUUGUUUUGGUCAACUAGCUAGUCACUCGUCAUCUAGUUUAUUGAUUGGUCUAAUCAACUAGCUAGUCGCUAGUCAUCUAGUUUAUGGAUUGGUCUAAUCAACUAGCUAGUCAUCUAGUUUAUUGAUUGGUCUGAUCAACUAGCUAGUCAUCUAGUUUAUUGAUUGGUCUGAUCAACUAGCUAGUCAUCUAGUUUAUUGAUUGGUCUGAUCAACUAGCUAGUCGCUAGUCAUCUAGUUUAUUGAUUGGUCUAAUCAACUAGCUAGUCAUCUAGUUUAUUGAUUGGUCUGAUCAACUAGCUAGUCGCUAGUCAUCUAGUUUAUGAAUUGGUCUAAUCAACUAGCUAGUCAUCUAGUUUAUUGAUUGGUCUGAUCAACUAGCUAGUCGCUAGUCAUCUAGUUUAUUGAUUGGUCUGAUCAACUAGCUAGUCAUCUAGUUUAUUGAUUGGUCUAAUCAACUAGCUAGUCAUCUAGUUUAUUGAUUGGUCGGUCUUCCUCUGGAUGGUGAGGAAGUUAUCUAUCUUUACUCUAACCAGCCAGUCACAUGGAGAGAGACUUGUCUCUGUUUCUUGUCAUCGAUUAAGGAAAUCUGGAACGGAUCUGUGUACCGAUCAUGGUCGUUAGUUCUGCCUGUUCCUAGACAGUCUAGGAUCAGGUUCCCCCCUGCUGUCCAUCUAAUCCGGUAUUCAUUGUGAUCUGUAAAGCCAAACUAACCCGAGAUCAGGACUUCUACUCUGAGAGGUUUGAUAUGGUUUCGGGUCCCUGAUCGUCAACACAGCGAGACAGUUUGUUAAGGAAUGGGGGGAUAGAAUCACUUAGCAACAAGAAGGGGGAGGGGCUCUUCAGAAUCAACACCCAACAUUCCGCAGUGAUGUCACAAUGGAUCUGAGUGUAGCGUGCGUUGAUGAUGUCAUAGUGUAGUUCAACUGUGUUAUUGUAGUCAGGUCGUGGGGGUGUAUUCAUUAUGUCUAUUCUGUUGCGAAACGUUUUUAGUUUGUUGCAACAAACAAACAAAACAUUUGGAUCAGAAACCAUUUUUUACUCCAGAGUUUCUUUUGGACAAAUGUAGGUACCUACCCUCCUCGUUUCGUUCUGUUCGCUUUCGUUUGGUUCUUAAAAUGGUAAACGGUUUCCAUUGCAAGACGUAAUGAAUACACCCCAGGGUUUUAUUUUUAAAUGUAAAAAAAAAUGUAUCUGUCUGUUUUGAAGCCGAUACGCCAUUUUGAAAAAGCUAUUUUAUAUUAACCCCCCCCCACACUUUCUCUCUCUGUUAGGUGUUGGGCAGAGUGAACGAGAACUUCUCCCAAAAAUAGAUCCCUAUUCCCUAUAUACGAUAUAGUGCACUACUUAGGCACCCUAUUCCCUAUAUACAGUAUCGUGCACUACUUAGGCACCCUAUUCCCUAUAUACAGUAUAGUGCACUACUUAGGCACCCUAUUCCCUAUAUACAGUUUAUUUUAAUGUAACUUUUAUUUAACUAGGCAAGUCAGUUAAGAACAAAUUCUUAUUUACAUUGACGACCUACUCCGGACAAACCCGGACGAUGCUGAGACAAUUGUGCGCCGCCCUAUGGGACUCCCAAUCACGGCCGGUUGUCAUACAGCCUGGAUUCGAACCAGGGUCUGCGCCACUCGGGAGCCCUAGUAUAGUUUUUGACCAGGACCCUGUAUGUCAAAAACAAAAGGAGGGCUCUGGUCUAAAGUAGUUCACUAUAUAGGGAAUAGGGCUCUGGUCACUAGUAGUGCACUAUAUAGGGAAUAGGGCUCUGGUCACUAGUAGUUGACUAUAUAGGGAAUAGGGCUCUGGUCACUAGUAGUUCACUAUAUAGGGAAUAGGGCUCUGGUCACUAGUAGUGCACAAUAUAGGGAAUAGGGCUCUGGUCACUAGUAGUUCACUAUAUAGGGAAUAGGGCACCGUGUGGGACGGUAGCCUUGUGUGGUGCCAGUGGAGGCCUCUAAUAUAAACACUGUUAUUAUUACUAGUAUUGGUCUAACAGAGAGAAAGGGCUUCAACUAUGCACUUUACCUUACAAAACAACAAAUAAACUGUAAUACAACA